AUAAUGUUCUGCACGACGCAUAGGACAGAAAACCUGAGCCCUGUUAUUAAACAGAAAUUAAGAGGGAAAUUAGCUGCACCGUGCUGUGAUUGAGGCUACGUUAAAAUAAACCAACUGAUAAAGUAGAAGAGCAGCCUUAUAUAUUCUGAGUCAAGUCGUUUCAGACUGUGUGCUGCAUGUUUAGAGAGACGUGAAGCGGAUCCAUAGCGAAGUGCAAUCAGGCAAGAGCGAGGAAAACGCCAAAGUGAUCUUACCUAGGCGGUCGCAAUGAGACAAGGAGGGGUGCUCUGUCUUAGGUGAUCGUUCGUUCUGCGUGUAAAACAGGCGUGCAGAACUGCGCGCAGUUUCAUUUGAUUUAGCCAACAUAAGGACAGCAACUUCGCUCAGAAGAACAAAGAGAAAAUAAGACUGCCUUGUUUUCUUUCUUCUGGUCUGGUUUGUGUGACUCUUUGGACUCUCUUUUACCAGUUGCAAUAGCAUGGUGAGAUGGAUUUAUUUCUGAUGGAUGUUACGCUUUGGGAUUGAGUUAUUAAUCAUUUUGAAGUUUACAAACUAAAAAGGAAACAAAAAAACGUAGAUAUUGUAUAUGAAACAUCUACAGUUAUUUAAACUUUUGUUUUCUUUCUUUUUUUUUUAAAUUAGUGUGGAUUAAUUUGACUUUUUGUUUGUUUUUAUCUUACCUGGAUUAGAAGACGGUUCUGUGGUAAUAUUAGUAAUAUAAUUGGCUUGGCGUCUUUUUUCUGAGCUAGUGGAUUGCUUUAGCAUUAUUGACAACAGCAUAUUGAUUUGUGUAAAGCACAUUUCAUUAAACAGCAGAGAACUGAGGAGAUAUUGAGAGGCCAUUAGAUUUCAUUUUCCCUUUUCUCUAUUGGAAGGUAUCUCAGUACGUGAUCGUUUUGAGUUCACCUGGGGGAGGAACUGUCUUUUUUUCCCCCUCAGUGACUUUUGUUGUAUUUCAGGAUCCAGUGCUUGCAAUUUCUAUUCUCCGUUGGACGUUCUCUGCAUAACAGUGGACCGGAUUCUUUAUAAACCCGAUGCAGCCGAUGAACUGCAAAAAUUAUCGCGUUUAUUUUUGUGUGUGUGAAGUGAAUAGACUGGAAAUGGCUACAUGAAAGGUGUGGUGCAAUCACAAUUUGUUAAGCAUGGGAACGUCCGGGGGUCGAAUUUAUGUUCAUCAGUGACUUUAUUGGACAAGACAGGCUACUGUUCAUGUCCAGGAAUUGAAGAUAUUAUCCAAUGGUUAUUGAUUUCGUAUUGGGAAGUAAAAAGGCGAUUGUUUGCAUGCGAAACGAGGUCCUGUCUACUUUAAAUACCACCGCUGCGUCGACUUGGCUGUAUUCUUCUUUUUCGAAAAAAACAGCCAUCAAUAAAAGUUUAGGAAUCAAAUUAUGAAGACAAUUGGUUGACGGCGUCUAUUGGAUUAAUCAUAAACGCUGUUUGAUUUGUGACUGAAGCAAAGGACCGAUGGGGCUAUGCAAUCCGUGUACUCAAGGAGAGAACUGCAAGCUACCGUUAAUCUUCAUACACUAAUGUCCACCACUCUAAGGAGAGUCGAAGGAGUUUCCCUUGCAGUAGCUAUACAGAAAAAAACGGGUCUGCGGUGUAAAAUUGGAUCAUAGCCGGGAUAUAGCCGCUGAGAUAGCUUUAGGGGUAGUGGCCAGUGAAGAAUCUUCAUCACUUAAUAAUACGAUUCUUUCGAGAAAGAUAAGAGGUGGAGACGUUUCUUGAGAGGUCGGGUGCCGCUAGCUAAAAAGAAAAAAAAGAAAAAAAUAUAAAGAAAAAUGCAGUUCUAAAAAGCGAGCAUCUUCUCCUAUGCAACUUACAAAUGUACGAUGCACCGCUGCCUUGCGCUGCUUUCUGUUGCGAAAGGUGAGCGCCGGCGUGUGAUUCUUAAAGUCACCACUGUGUCCCUGUCGCUGAAGGGAAAGCGGCUUUUUGAUGCAUUCAGCGGUAUCGCCCUUCAUCGCAUAUUGACAAUCCACCCGAAAAACUCUCGUAAUAAUACUAUCAGUGUGGAAUCCAUCAGAAAAGGAGCAGAGAGGGAGAGAGAGGGAGAGGAGCCAGAAAAUCGGAGAGGGAGGGGAGAGCAACAACCUGCACCUCUCUGUGAGACGAGUCGCUAAGAAAUCCUACCAAGUUGUUUAAAUCAAGCACCUCUUCUGCAAAGACCCAUGGACAGCACCUCACACUGUAAGAUUUAUGUCUAGCUCCUCAGGGAGCGAAUACUAACUCUCCCAAGCCAUUGUCACUUUACCCAGACCCACAGUCUGUAUGUAGCUGCCUGGGUUCCAACCCCACUCUGCCAGCCUCAGACACUCAGCAAACAGAUAGAGAUUAGUUGGCCCACUCAAACAACAAAGUAAGAAAACUCAACUUACAAGCAGAUGACCACUUAAAUGGGAGCGACUGUAAAUCAAGUUUCACAGACUGGCUGUACCAUGGAGAGACUGAUCCUGUACCUGCUGAUGCUCAGCAUAUCAGUGAGGGCGCAGGUGUGCCCCAAGCGGUGCAUGUGCCAGAACCUUUCCCCCUCCCUCGCCAUCCUCUGUGCCCGGACUGGGCUUCUCUUCGUGCCUACGGUCAUCGACAGACGGACGGUGGAGCUGAGAUUGACCGACAACUUCAUAACGGUGAUCCGGAGGAAUGACUUUGCCAACAUGACCAGCCUCCUGCACUUGACACUCUCCAGGAAUACCAUUAGCCUGAUUACACCUUAUACCUUCUCUGACCUAAAAGGGCUUCGGGCUCUCCACUUGGACAGCAACCGGAUAACCGUUGUUGGAGAUGACCACUUCCGAGGUCUGACCAAUUUGAGGCACUUGAUCCUCAGCAAUAACCAGCUGCUUGACAUCUCGCCCAACGCCUUUGAUGAUUUCCUAGGUACUUUAGAAGACCUGGACCUUUCCUACAACAAUUUGGUCCACAUCCCUUGGGAGACCAUCGGGAGGCUUAACAAUGUCAAUACCCUAAACAUGGAUCACAAUUUGAUAGACUAUGUGCCCGAGGGGAUCUUUGCCAACUUGCACAAGCUCGCCCGGUUGGAUAUGACCUCCAACAAACUAAAAAAAAUCCCACCAGAUCCUCUCUUCCUGAGGAUCCCUGUCUAUGCCAAAUCCAAAGGCUCUCCUUUAACAUCUUUGGUUCUCAGUUUUGGUGGGAACCCGCUGCACUGUAACUGUGAGCUCCUCUGGCUCCGACGACUAACCAGGGAGGACGAUUUGGAGACGUGCGCCUCCCCUCCUGAUCUGAUUGCUAAAUACUUCUGGACCAUCCCUGAAGAGGAGUUCAUUUGUGACCCUCCAGUGAUCACAAGAAAAUCCACCAAAACCUUUGUCAUGGAAGGGCAGGCUAUUAGCCUGAAGUGCAAAGCCAACGGAGACCCCGAUCCCUCCAUCCACUGGGUGUCCCCUGAAGGUAAACUCAUUUCCAAUACCUCCAGGACGGUUUCCUAUGAUAACGGGAGUUUGGACAUUAAUAUCGCCACCGUGAAGGACACUGGAGUUUUCACCUGCAUCGCUUCCAAUGCUGCUGGGGAAUCGACAGCCCCUGUGGAGCUAGUUGUGAACCCCCUUCCUCAUCUAGCCAACAGUACUAGCCGGGUUCGGGAGACAGAACCAGGGCCUUCGGAUAUUCUCACCUCCGCCAAGUCCACCUCCCCCUCCAGCAAUGACACGAAGGGUCAGCAGGGACAGAAGGUAGUGCUGGUGGAACUUACCACCAACUCAGCACUCAUCAAAUGGCCCUCACAGCGCCAGGUCCCAGGGAUAAGGAUGUACCAGAUUCAGUACAACAGCUCCACGGACGAUGCCCUUGUCUACAGAAUGAUCCCUUCUACGAGCAAAGAUUUCCUAGUGAAGGACCUUGUCUCGGGACGCGAGUACGAAUUGUGUGUGUUGGCAGUCUACGAGGACGGGAUAACGACACUGACUGCCACGCGAGUCGUGGGCUGCCUGCAGUUCACAACUGAACAGGAGUACAGCCAUUGCCAGUCCAUGCACACUCAGUUUCUUGGUGGGACCAUGAUCAUCAUCAUUGGAGGCAUCAUUGUGGCUUCCGUCUUGGUCUUCAUCAUCAUCCUGAUGAUCCGAUACAAGGUGUACAACAACCCUGGGGAACCCAAGAAAUCUGGAGUCAGUAAUGUCUGCUCCCAGACCAAUGGAGCCCAAGCGGGGCAAGUCACCAGGUCUAUCUCCAAAGGGACAGAGAGCCAGGAAGAGCAAGUCCAGACUCCCUCUGGAAGCGUCGGUGGGGGAGUUGGAGGAUGUGCCAGUGGUUCCAUGGUGUGGGACUCAAAUACCGUGGCCCUGGUAGUGGAAUGCGAAAAGGUCACCCAAAUCUCAGAAAUGACCGCUGAGGACAUAAUAGUGCCCGAGCAGAGGCGAAAAUCGAGGACCAGUGCAGAGCUGGUUCGCCAGACCUCUUUGUCUUCAAAGGAAUUGAGGGGUACCAGCGAAGGAUCAGGAGAUCCCCAGAUGCCUCAGGUCGGGGAAGAAAAGAAAAGUCCCAUCGACUGGAGUGAUUUUAAAAUUUGAUGACUUUUUCUGCAACACCAGGGAAACAGCCAUCAAAUCUAAAGAAACAUUCCAAGUCGUGUUGUGCUACUGGAACCGGCAAGCUGAGUCGUAGGGAACGUUUUUAUUCCUCCAGCUGGACUUUCCCUCCCUUUUCCCAUUUCCAAGAGUUUUCCCACCCUUGAUUGAGAACUUCUUACACAACUGCUUUCGCACUGAACACACCUAUCCUUUUUUCAUCACUGACUUUUAAAAAACAACAGGCUUUUAUAUAAUCACUAUACACGGAUCAGUCUGCUUCCACACUGCAGAAGGGAAGAAGUUACUGCAGCCGGUGAGUUCACCAGGUUCUUAAAGAACAUGGAACUAGCCAGCUAUCCACACCAACAUCCACUGCACUUUGUACUGAUUUGCAAGGGACACUCCAGCUCAUGUGGACCACAUUCUCUGGAGGUCUUUCCUCCAUUUGAGGUUGAUGAAACCAGUCGAGUAACUUAGGUUUCAAAAGUAGGUGGGAGGGAGGGGCAGUUUCUGUAGCUGGGGCAUGUAGCAAUACAAUUAAAAAGAAAAGUUAUUUUAAUUCAGAUUGGCGCCUCUUUGUGGUCGUAACCUACCUCUUCAUAUAUAACACUAACCACACAUGUUUCUGAUACAAUUGUGUACUUGAGUAUAUUGUUAAAAAAUACACAUUAAGUACAUUGUAACUAUGCAUAAUAACAUUGUAAUUAUGUGUAAGCACACAUGUAUUUACUAUGUAACUGCUGUAUAAAUACACAGCAAUUAGAGACACAAUGUAAAGUAUUACCCUUUUUGUAACAGGUGGCAUAUUGUGGUAUGCAAGUUUGGCUACAUAACAAGAGGGUUGUCAUUGGAGGAAAUCUGUUCUAUUACAAGCAUAAGAAAAGUUUGGGAAUGAAAAAAGGCCAUUCAGCCCAUCCCAUUCUCCCCUACUGGGGGGAUCGAAUGUAAAAGCACAGAAUCCAGUCUUUUUUUAAAAUGUUCCCAGGCUGUUAGAUCCUACUACUUCACCUGGUAUGCUUCUUGUAUCAUGAAAACAGAAAACGUGGGUGCCAAACCUCUUCAAACAGAAAGCAAAAGAUGGACAUUAUUGUCACUGUAUCACUCUGCUAUUUUGACCCAUGAAGAACUGAUUAAAAGUGUGGAAUUCUUCCCACUGCACACAGACUAGCGAGCUCAGUAACAGUCCAAUUUCAUCUUAAGUUUCCCCAAGUCAUGAGUUUUUGUAUCUGUACAUAGCUGUGUUUCAAAAUCUUAUAGUUUUGUACAUGUAAUUUUUCUAUGGUGUGUGAUAUUUUUUUUUAUAUAUAAUAAAAAAGUGGUCUAAUACA